AACCAAUCCACUGGCUCAAUGGACUGAGAUUUUCCCUUUUCAUUGAAGCGAUUCACUUUUUGAGGACUUAAUUGUAAGUCAUCAUGCUGUGAUCAUGUAGUUGCCAUGCCGUCUAUGUUGGAUAAUUGAAUCAGCAUAUCUCCUGUAAUUAGUGUCUCUAUCUGAGGGCAGAGUCUACGCAAGGUGCAGUAAAACAUUAGUUGUAACCGCAGGUUAUAUUGCAUGGUCAUUUCAUUAUCACUUCACAUGUGUCUGCAAAUUAUGGCUAUAAAUUGUGUGUGAGAGCUGUGGGUCUUCAUUCUUGCUGUGUGAAAAUGAAGAUGCUGCUAAGGAUCCUGUUUUUGGGCAUACUGAGUUUUUGGGAUUGUAGCAGUGAAACGGAAAACCAAAAUGAGUUCAUGCUUCUCGCAGGGCCUUUGACAAACAACCUUCUGAAGGACCUUAGCACAAAUCAUGCAGCCAGUCAAUCUUGGGUUUCAGGAGUUUUGGAAAGAGAUCAUAUCUUUGACUGCAGUCACACGCUACCCUCGCAGAUUAUUGACCACUUCGAGUAUCUUCAUAGCCGGGGGGUGACACACUUUAAGGUGCCUCUCUCCUGGUCUCACAUCCUCCCCACAGGAGACCCCAGCCAGCCCCAUCAGGACACCGUGAUGUGCUACAGGACCCUUCUGGAGCAGCUGACUGAAUCAGGCCUGCAGCCUCUGGUGGUCCUACACCGCUCAACUGUACCAGAGGGCCUCAGAACCACACUUGGGGACUGGGAGAGUCCUGAGCUGCCAGAGGUCUUUGAGCGUUAUGCAGAAUUUGUGUUCUCACAGUUUGGAAAUCUGGUCAAGUCCUGGAUCACAUUCAGUCAAAUUGACGAGUUGAAGGGAGAUAGAUCCGUCCGAAAUGUCCUACAAGCUCAUACCAGUGUGUACCAGCUCUACCACAACAUGUUCAGUGAGAAAGGUGGUCAAGUUUCCCUGGGCUUGAAGGCCAAUGACUUUGGUGCUGUUUUUCCACGCAACACUAUAUCCAUGGUUUCCAUGGAUUUUCUGUCGGUAUGUGCUGAAUAUGACUGUACCACUAAAUCAAGUCUGUUAGAAAAGCUGACAGAUAUACAGAUGGCCACUGGAGGCCAGCCGGUCCUAAUAUACGACCUAGACAUCAGGCAGUGCUCAAAAGAAGAAGAGUUCCAGCCUCUGAUCAGUGUGUUGGGAGCUUUGCAGAACAGAGAUUCACCAAUCCAGGGCUGUGACAUCACUAACUUAUUUGGAACAUUAGAAGAGGACCGGCUAAUAAGCCACAAUGAAGCUUCAACAGGCGAUAAGUCUGAGAGGAAAACAAUGUCAUCCAAGUAUGAGGAAGUGUGGCAGAGCUUUAGCGCUCAGUCUCCUUCUGAGCGUGAUGACUUCCUGAUUGGAUCAUUUCCUGAGGGCUUUCAGUGGGCCGUCUCCAGUGAGUCUUUUAAAGUGGAGGGGGGCUGGUCUGAACAUGGCAAAGGGGAGACAAUAUGGGACCGUUUUGGACACCAGGGCCAUGUGUUUGAUAACCAGACCGCUGAUUUGGCUUGUGACAGCUACAACAAGGUGGACUAUGAUGUGUACCUGCUCAGAGGUCUUCUCACCAACACCUAUCAGUUUUCUAUCUCUUGGGCCCGAAUCUUCCCUACUGGCCACAGGGGGAGCCUGUCAGAGAAAGGAGCCCUUUAUUAUGACAAACUGAUCAACACUCUCCUCCAGUCAGGCAUAGAGCCUGUUGUCACCCUUUAUCACUGGGACCUUCCUCAGGCCUUACAGGACAAUGGAGGCUGGACAAAUCCCACCAUUGUGGAGGCAUUCAAAGACUUUGCUGACUUCUGCUUCUCCAGAUUUGGAGACAGAGUAAAGACCUGGAACACCUUCAGCAGUCCUUGGGUUGUGAGCCACUCUGGGUAUGGCACUGGUGAGCAUGCACCAGGAGUCAAGGACCCAGUUGUUGCAUCUUAUCAGGUGACCCACAACAUCCUUAAAUCCCAUGCUGAGGCCUGGCAUGUCUACAGUGAUAAGUACAGGAAGCAGCAGGGUGGGAGAGUAGGCAUUGCUCUGAACUCAGACUGGGCAGAACCUCUGAACGCCUCCAGUCCUCAGGACCUUGAGGCAGCUGAGCGCUACAUGAACUUCAUGCUGGGCUGGUUUGCACACCCCAUAUUUGUGGAUGGAGACUAUCCAGCUAAACUCAAGAGUCAGAUUGAGCAGAAAAGGCAAGAAUGUCAGCCUGCUGAGGUAGCGAGACUCCCUGUGUUCACAGAAGCUGAGAGACAGCGGAUCAAAGGAACUGCUGAUUUCUUUGGGCUCAACCAUUACACCUCCCGCCUUAUAAAUGAGAGUAGGGGAAGCUGUGUUCCAGGACCUCAUGGUGUUGGAGACUUCCAGUCUCAUGUUGACCCCAACUGGCCAACCAUAGACUCCGACUGGAUUCACCCAGUGCCGUGGGGACUUCGCCGUCUGCUCAACUACAUCUCAUUACAGUACACAUCUGUCACCAAAGUGCCGAUAUACAUUACUGGAAAUGGGAUGCCAACCUAUUACAAUGGUGAAUACUUCAAUGACACCGAACGCGUAAACUUCCUGAAGAGUUAUAUAAAUGAGGCAAUGAAAGCUAUCAUUGUUGAUGGAGUCGACGUGCAGAGGUACACUGUUCAGUCACUAAUGGACGGUUUUGAGGGUCCACAAGGCUAUAGCCAAAGGUUUGGCUUGCAUUAUGUUAACUUUGAAGACAUGAACAGACCCCGAACCCCCAAAGCAUCUGCAUACUUCUACUCCCAAGUAGUUGAAAUGAACGGCUUUGAAAAUCUUCAGUCAAGAUCAGUAUCAUAUUUUCCAAAGUCAAUGACAACAAAGCGCCCAAGUCUGUCCCCAUCAGAGGUCCCCUCCAGAUCCAAAGUGGUUUGGGAAAACUUUUCACAUCAAACAAAGUUCCAAAGGAAACUUUACCACUACGGAACCUUCCCCGAUGGAUUCCAGUGGGGCAUCUCAUCUUCAGCCUAUCAGAUCGAAGGUGCGUGGAACACGGAUGGAAAAGGACCAAGCGUGUGGGAUACAUUCACUCAAAAGCCUGGGAGCAUCCCAAACAACGACACCGGUGAUAUUGCGUGUGACAGUUACAAUAAGGUGGAAGAGGAUCUCUACAUGCUAAGGGCUCUGAGAGUGAAGUCAUAUAGAUUUUCUUUGUCUUGGUCAAGAAUAUUUCCAAAUGGUAGCGAUACCUCUGUGAAUCAGAAGGGAGUAGACUAUUAUAACAGGCUCAUCAAUGGUCUCCUUACCCAUAACAUCAGUCCAAUGGUGACUCUCUACCACUGGGACCUUCCUCAGGCUCUACAGGAGAUUGGUGGAUGGGACAAUGUCAACAUGAUUGACAUGUUCAACGACUUUUGUGACUUCUGCUUUUCCACCUUUGGGGAUAGAGUCAAGUUCUGGAUCACAUUCAACCAACCUUAUACUAUUGCAUGGUCUGGUUAUGGACUGGGUCAGGUUCCUCCCAAUGUUAAAAGUCCAAGAGAUGCCCCUUACAGAAUUGCACACAAUCUCCUUAAAGCCCACGCGAAAGUAUAUCACACCUAUAGUGACAAAUACAGGGAAACCCAAGGAGGACUGGUGUCUAUUAGCUUGAAUGCUGAUUGGGUUGAGCCAAAAGACCCCAACGUACCUCGAGAGAUAGCUGCUGCUGACCGUGCUCUCCAGUUCCAACUGGGCUGGUUCGCCCAUCCCAUCUUUAGAAAUGGUGAUUAUCCUGAUGCCAUGAAGUGGCAAGUUGGCAACAAGAGUGACCUUCAGGGUCUAGCAAUGUCCAGACUACCAACUUUCACUGAUCAAGACAAGGCAUACAUACAAGGGACUGCUGAUUAUUUCAGCAUCAAUGCUUAUACUACAAAAGUGGUUCGUCAUGUGACAACCAGACUGUCUCCUCCAUCAUAUGAAACUGACCAGGACCUGGGCAAGGCAGAAGAGGAGGAUUCUCAGCCAACCGCUCUGAAAGAGCAGAAGGCUGUAGCGUUUGGACUAAGAAGACUUCUCAACUGGAUAAAGGAGGAGUACGGCAACCCUGAUAUUUACAUCACCGAAAAUGGAGUGGCUACAGACUCUAGCACCACAGAUGAUGACACAGACAGAAUAUUCUUCUACAAGACGUAUAUAGAUGAAGCCCUGAAAGCACACAACCUGGACGGAGUGAAAGUUAAAGGAUACUCGGCCUUUUCACUCAUGGAUUCUUUUGAGUGGCUGAAUGGCUAUAGAGUGGGUUUCGGACUUCAUCAUGUUGACUUCGAACAACCCUUCCGUCCAAGGACGCCAAAGCGAUCUGCUCACUACUAUUACCAGAUCAUCAAAGAGAAUGGCUUCCCCCUACCCGAUGAGGAGAAACUGAUCUAUGGUCAUUUCCGUGAAGGCUUUGCCUGGAGCACGGCAACAGCAUCAUAUCAGAUUGAAGGUGGCUGGAGGUCAGAUGGGAAGGGUCUAAGCAUCUGGGACCGAUUUGCUCAUACACCACUGAGGGUGGGGGAUGAUGACACUGGGGAUAUUGCCUGCGAUAGCUACAACAAGAUUGCAGAAGACGUAGACAUGCUUAAAAGCCUGAAAGUGAACCAUUACAGGUUCUCCAUCUCAUGGCCCAGGGUUCUGCCUGAUGGGACCACCAGUUUCAUCAACAAGCCCGGACUUGACUACUAUCACCGUCUGGUGGAUGCCCUGCUGGCUGCUAACAUUAAGCCCCAGGUGACGCUGUACCACUGGGAUCUGCCCCAGGCACUGCAGGACAAGGGUGGCUGGGAGAAUGACACUGUAGUGCAACGGUUCAAAGAGUAUGCUGAUGUCAUUUUUGACAGCUUAGGAGAUAAAGUCAAAUUUUGGAUCACCAUUAAUGAGCCUUACAAUGUGGCCAAUAUUGGUCAUGGAUACGGGAGUGCUGCUCCGGGCAUAAGCUUUAGGCCAGGCACCCUACCAUAUAUUGUGGGCCAUAACCUCCUGAAGGCCCAUGCUGAAGCCUGGCAUCUCUACAAUGAUAAGUACCGUGCUAAACAGGGUGGCAUCAUCUCCAUCACCAUCAACUCUGACUGGGCUGAGCCCCGCAACCCUUACAAGCAGGAGGACAUCGAUGCAGCCAGACGUGUGGUCCAGUUUUAUAUUGGCUGGUUUGCUCAUCCUGUGUUCAACGGAGACUAUAGUGAUGUCAUGAAAUCCAUCAUUCGAGAGAGGAGUUUAGCUGCUGGCCUUCCCAAAUCAAGACUCCCAGAGUUCACUCCUGACGAAGUCAAAAGAGUUAAAGGUACCUAUGAUUAUUUUGGAUUCAACCACUAUACAACUGUCCUGGCUUUCAAAGUGGACUACAAGGGUCUUCAGCACUAUGAUGCAGACAGAGGGGCUGGGACUAUCGCAGACCGGUCAUGGUUGGACUCUGGCUCUAGCUGGCUGAAGGUUACUCCACCUGGAUUCAGGAAAAUUUUGAACUUUAUCAAGGAGGAGUAUGGGGACCCUCUCAUUAUCAUCACAGAGAAUGGCAUCUCUGAACGCGGCCCAGUGAACCUUAACGAUGCCCACAGAAGCCAUUACUAUGAAAAUUAUAUCAAUCAAGCACUGAAAGCUUACUUGAUUGACGGGGUUAACAUCAAUGGCUACACUGCCUGGUCUCUUAUGGACAACCUGGAGUGGGCCACUGGCUUUUCAGAGAAGUUUGGCCUGUUCUAUGUGAACCGAUCCGAUGCCUCCCUGCCCCGGCUGCCCAAGGAGUCUGUGAAGCACUAUGGAACCAUCAUCACCUGCAAUGGCUUCCCUGACCCAUCUCAGGGCCCUCACCCUUGCCUAGGCCCUGACCCAGAAGGAACGAGUGCACCUACCACCUCCCCUUCUUCAGUGGUGACGUUUCUGGGCAUGGAGGUGUCUCUAUCUGAUGCAGAGCUGGCUCUGAACAUCCUCUUCAGCCUCUCCAUCAUCGGUACUGCAGUGGCUGCUCUGAUGACCUAUCGGUGCCUCAAGGCUACCAGGAGAUCAAAACAUCCUUCAGGUGAAAACAUCAGCCUGAAGAACCAAUUCUGAGUCGAUAUGCUGUACAAGUGUAUUUACGAUACUUCUAUAUUAUUUAAUUUCAUUUAAUUUCAUUUUCAUUAUUUGUACAGAGUAGUUUUAUAUUGUUUGUUUUAUCAGGCAAGGACAAGUGUGCAUGUUAACAAUUUUCAAUUGAUUUGGUUUAGGGCAAUACAAAAAAGCUUAUUUCUGAAAAUUCAGUUUUAUGUAUUUUUAAUGGCAAAGCUGUGGAAAGAACUAACUGCUGUUCAAUUAUUGCAUAUUUUAUUAUAGCUAUUAUUGGUAACAAAAUCUGAUAAUGUUUUUAUCCUUUGAAUUCUGAAUAUCUAAAAAAUACAUGCCAGUAAAUAUGUUACUGAAAAUGUUGCAUAGUAGCAUUUUUCUGUUGGUAGAAUUACACAGCUAAGUCACUGCUUAUAACUACUCUACUGUAGUGAUAACAUGUGUUUGAUGUUAUAUGGCAUGUGGCAAUAAAGGUUUGAAUGUGAA